UCGCCAGUCUGCAAUCGAAAUCAGAGGGCAUACUAAACAAUAUGCAAUAUGUAUUAUAGUAUGUGCGUGUACAAUUUGAGCGACUGUUGUUCUUGUUGCAAGCGAUUGCGGUCAUUGAAACGUGGCACACCAGUGUCAAAGGAGACAAUACGAUGGAAGCGCUCCUUCGGACUAUAUACUAUCGUGCACUUGGCUUUGUUUUCCAUGGUCCUGGUAGCAAAUGCCUUGCCACCUGUAAUACGAGUCGGUGCAAUUUUUACGGAGGACGAACGAGAAGGUAGUGUCGAAUCGGCCUUUAAAUAUGCGAUUUAUCGCAUAAAUAAAGAAAAAAUACUUCUGCCCAACACACAGCUGGUGUAUGAUAUCGAAUACGUGCCCCGCGAUGAUUCUUUUCGGACUACGAAGAAGGUCUGUCGGCAAUUGGAAGCUGGUGUUCAGGCCAUAUUCGGUCCAAGCGAUCCAUCGCUAGCGAGUCAUGUGCAAUCAAUUUGCGAAGCAUUCGAUAUACCUCACAUUGAAGCUCGCAUCGAUCUAGAAGUUAGUGUCAAAGAAUUCUCGAUUAACCUAUAUCCUUCUCAAAACAUCAUGAAUUUGGCCUACCGUGAUCUGAUGAUGUAUCUCAACUGGACUAAAGUCGCUAUUAUUUACGAAGAAGAUUACGGACUUUUCAAACAACAGGACCUUAUUCAUUCAUCCGCAGAGAUGAGAACCGAAAUGUAUAUAAGGCAAGCAAAUCCGGAGACUUAUCGUCAAGUUUUACGUGCAAUACGUCAAAAGGAAAUUUACAAAAUAAUAGUUGACACAAAUCCAACUAAUAUCAAAAAAUUUUUUCGAUCAAUUUUGCAGCUGCAAAUGAACGACCAUCGAUAUCAUUAUAUGUUUACCACCUUCGACUUGGAGACCUAUGAUCUGGAGGAUUUCCGAUACAACAGCGUCAAUAUAACAGCUUUUCGAUUAGUUGAUGUCGGAAGUAAGCGUUAUCAGGAUAUAAUUGAUCAGAUGCAGAAACUACAGCACAGCGGGCUAGAUUUGAUCAAUGGGGUCCCGUACAUACAGACAGAAUCUGCGCUGAUGUUUGACUCAGUCUACGCCUUUGCCCAUGGACUCAAACAACUGGAUAGCAGUCACACAUUAACCUUUAAGAAUCUUUCGUGUAACUCAGACAGAGUUUGGAGUGAUGGACUUUCUCUCUAUAACUACAUAAAUUCGGCAGCAGUUGAUGGCUUGACUGGGAAAGUGAACUUCAUUGAGGGGCGAAGGAACAAAUUUAAAAUCGACAUACUCAAAUUAAAGCAAGAGGUAAUACAAAAGGUGGGCUUUUGGCAGCCAGAUGUAGGCGUUAAUAUUUCCGACCCAACGGCAUUUUACGACUCCAAUAUUGCAAAUAUAACGCUGAUUGUAAUGACGAGAGAGGAACGUCCGUAUGUCAUGGUCAAGGAGGAUGCAAACAUAACGGGAAACGCUAGAUUUGAGGGCUUCUGCAUUGAUCUACUGAAGGCCAUAGCACAACAAGUUGGUUUUCAAUAUAAAAUCGAACUGGUUCCCGAUAAUAUGUAUGGGGUGUACAUACCCGAAACGAACUCUUGGAAUGGCAUCGUUCAGGAGUUAAUGGAAAGGCGCGCUGAUCUGGCCGUGGCUUCGAUGACCAUUAACUAUGCAAGAGAAAGUGUAAUUGACUUUACUAAGCCAUUUAUGAAUCUCGGCAUUGGCAUUCUAUUCAAGGUGCCAACCAGUCAACCCACACGACUGUUUUCCUUUAUGAACCCAUUGGCAAUCGAGAUAUGGUUGUAUGUGCUAGCUGCUUAUAUAUUAGUAUCAUUCGCGCUAUUUGUGAUGGCUCGAUUUUCACCAUAUGAAUGGAAAAAUCCGCAUCCAUGCUAUAGGGAUACUGAUAUCGUUGAGAAUCAAUUUUCGAUAUCAAACAGUUUUUGGUUCAUAACGGGAACGUUCUUAAGGCAAGGAUCUGGACUGAAUCCGAAGAUUUCAGAUCGUGCACAAACCAAGUUUUUCUCAUUUAUGAAUCCGCUCGCUAUCGAAAUCUGGUUUUAUAUAGCAUUUGGGUACAUUCUAGUAUCCAUGUGUAUCUGGAUAGUAGCACGACUAUCGCCAAUGGAGUGGGUACGAUCGAAGCCCGCCUGCACCAUGGCCUGUGAUCAUAUGCUACGGAAAAUUCGUAAAGCGAAUAAUGCUUAUGACCAUUUCGAACUAAAAUUCAUUGAAAACCCUACCAAUAAUGGAACACAUAAAAACGAUGAUAAUAAUGAUGCUAACGAUGUCAUUGAUGUCGAUCUUGGCGAUAACUCAGAUUCUGAUGAUACUUUGGAACUAGAGACCGUACAGAAUAGUUUCACACUGAAAAAUAGCUUUUGGUUUGCAAUCGGCGCUCUUAUGCAGCAAGGGGCCGAUCUCUAUCCCAGGGCAACAUCGACACGCAUUGUGGGCGGCUGCUGGUUUUUCUUCUGUUUGAUCAUAAUCUCGUCAUACACUGCAAAUUUAGCUGCAUUUUUGACAGUCGAACGAAUGAUAACACCAAUCGAGAGUGCCGCUGAUUUGGCCGACCAAACGGAAAUUCAGUAUGGCACUUUGGAGGGCGGAUCAACAAUGACGUUCUUUAGGGACUCGAAAAUUGGGAUAUACCAAAAAAUGUGGCGAUACAUGGAAAACCGGAAGACCUCCGUAUUCGUGAAAACGUACGAGGAUGGCAUCAAGCGAGUGAUGGAGGGCAAUUAUGCUUUUCUAAUGGAGUCAACAAUGUUGGACUAUGCAGUUCAGCGAGAUUGUAAUUUAACUCAAAUAGGAGGACUCCUUGACUCGAAAGGCUAUGGCAUUGCAACGCCAAAGGGCUCCCCAUGGCGGGAUAAAAUCUCAUUAGCUAUAUUGGAACUGCAAGAGAAAGGCAUUAUUCAAAUACUCUAUGAUAAAUGGUGGAAAAAUACGGGCGAUGUCUGUAACAGAGAUGAUAAAAGCAAGGAAUCGAAAGCAAAUGCAUUAGGUGUCGAAAAUAUUGGCGGUGUUUUCGUUGUUCUACUUUGUGGCUUAGCGCUUGCUGUGGUGGUAGCGAUAUUCGAAUUCUGUUGGAAUUCGAAGAAAAAUUUGCAUACAGACAAUCAAUCGUUAUGCUCGGAAAUGGCCGAAGAGCUGCGCUUCGCUAUGCACUGCCAGGGAUCAAAGUCUAAGCAAAGGCCGGCACUCAAACGUGAUUGUCUCAAGUGUGCUCCAGGGUCUACUUAUGUGCCAACUAAUGUAACAAUGCCGAACUUGGGCGUUCAUUAUAAUUAUUUUAAUUGAGACAGAUACGGAAAAUAAGCUUUUAAAAUUAAGUU